UUCAGUGCGAAGUUGUAGCCGAUUGCAUCCAGAUCAAGAUCGUAAUGGUUCGCUUUCUGUUUUCGUGGUAGCGUAGUUGCGGGCUUGCUUCGUACCUUCGUUGCUUUUCAGAAGUUGUGAACCAACGUUCUAGGCCAAGCAUGUGAAUUUAAACGAGCAUGUGAUACCGUGACAUCUUUGUGUGAGUUUGGAAAACUGCUCGCGAGCUUUUCAGCUAUGACUGUGGGUGUAGUACAAAACCUGCGGGGCUUUGCCCUAAGUCAUCCACCGCUGCUGGUGUUCAGCUCGUGUCUGUUGGCUUUUGGAGUCACAAUGAUCGUCCUGGCCUACAUUAUUGGAGGCACAGAGCUUCCCAAUCCAGACAUCGAUAUGGAUUGGAAUGUGUUUCUUACACAUCUCUCUGAGUUGCACUACUGUGUCGGACCUCAAUCAAAUCCUGGGAAUGAGGGGCUACAGUUUGGAGGUGGAAAACGUUCCGUGCCACCACUUGCUGCUCCUAAUGUAACUGCUGAUGUGCCGGGUGUCAAAGCCGUGGACAGGGCGAAGAGCCUGAGCGCACUGCUUCCAGACUUGGGCUCUGGUGACCCCAAGGACGACAGCCCCAAUGUCACUGUUGCUGUGGCAGUGCCGGCGACUUUCUUUCGGGAGGCCCUGUCCAGCCCUGUGUUUUGGCAUGGCAAUGCUAGGGGGUACAUGCUGGGCUUUUCAGGGAAACGAGCGAAGGAGCAGCUCCUGCUCACCAUGAUCCUGUGGCCUCGCAUCAAUGAUACCACGGCAGCCUGUACUGGCAAGCACUGCCACGUGGAUACAGACACCUGCAUUAUUCUGCAGGGACCUUCGCACCUCCUACCCAAGACUAAGCGGCCCCCUAAGUGCUUUCUGGAGGCUGUGCCACCAUCAGUGAGCCGGCAGGUGUUUCUGCAACGCUCAGCUGCUGACACGGGAGGCCGCGUCAACUGCAGUGGUGGCAUCUGGACUAGCUUCUUGUACAAGCCGAAUCCUGAGCUCACUGUCAUGCUCUCUUAUGGUGAUCGCUCUUUAGUCAACCUACAUUUGAUCCACACCAGCUACUUCCUUUUCUUCGUGGUGAUGACGCUGGCCUGCUAUGCCAUAAUUCGUGGACGCUUCCAUAAGGUGACGAUGGAGAAGCAAAAGGUUCUUCACUUUUAGGUGCCUAUCCAAGACAUGUUGUACACGCUUGACACAAGCUUCAACAUUCACCUACCAAGACGAAUUUCGCAACAUUCCAAAGAGCAGUGGAGCACAACUAUGGCUGCUGAAAGAUAAGAGUGCUGCACCUGCGAAGGCUGCACACCUCGCCAUGCACCAAGUUGGCUUGUCUGCCAAUGACCGCAUCACAGAACUGUGGACAUCGUUGCUUUGAGGUGUCACCUUUGCUGGCUGAUCAUCACAUAUGGUUGCUGUGCACAGAUGCCAUUUUGAGCAUAUUGCUGAGCUGGUCAUUUUAUUUGUGAAUAAAGAAAGCAAGAAGCCAGCCUAGCACAUAAAGUUUUUUAUACCAACAAUAUGGUGCCGUGUUAAAUGUUAUGUGCUACUUGCAUGGUACUGAGGACACUUUGGACUCCUGUGGAUGGUUGCUGACAUUGUUUUCUCAGUCAUCAUGAGAAAUGUGACAUGGUAGUUCGGCAUGCCCUUGGAGAGGACGCUGUGUAAAAUAAUUUACAGGAAAUGCUGCAUCACCCUGGUCCUGCACAACUGGUACAGUUUCUGCACUGGUUUUCGUAAGUCAUGAAAAAUAAAUUCUGUAAAUAACUUCA